CGACACGUGACGUGUCUCUGUCAACAGAACAAUGGCGGAUACCGUGGAGGAAGCGCAGGGCAGCUGGGACCAGGAUUUAGCUGAGGCUCUGGACUCUGGUGGGUCAGACAGUGAGAUGGAGAGGGGCAUCAUGCAGAUCCAAGAGCAUUCAGUUGAACACAAAGCCAAAAUGUGGAAGAUUGCCCUGAACGUCUCCGGAAAAGGAGACAGCCUGUCCCCGUGGGACGGUGUGCUUGAUUUACCAGAACAGACGCUCAUUCACAACCGCAGUCAGCAGCUGAUUGACCAGCUGGGAGUUUCAGAGGAGGAGAGGGGCGAGAUGGUGUCCGACGUGGAGUCGGUCAUCACAUUCUACUGCAAGUCUCGCAACAUCACCUUCACCCCCGAGCUCAGCUUGCCUCACCUGCUCAAGCCGCUGCUGGGGCUGAAGUUGCCCCGCAGCGACCUCUACAACUGUUUCUACGCCAUCGUGAACAAAUACAUCCCCAGGGAGUGCGUCCCGAAAGGACGACCCUUCCACCUUUACAGACUGUUGCUGCAGUACCAUGAGCCGGAGCUGUGCUCCUUCCUAGACACCAAAAAGAUCACACCCGACUCCUACGCCAUCAGCUGGCUGGGGAGUUUGUUUUCUAGUCACUGCAGUCCCGAAGUUACUCAGGCUCUGUGGGAUUCGUACCUCCAGCAGGCAGAUCCUUUCCUCAUCUUCUUCCUCAUGCUGAUCAUCCUCGUCAAUGCCAAAGAAACCAUCCUUGCAGAAGAAGCAGAGAGCAAAGAGGACAUCAUCAAAAUGUUGGAGAUGUCUCCUUCUCUGCUGGAAGCAGAAGACAUUGAAGAUUUGUUUUCAUUGGCCCAGCAUUACCAGAGCAAAACCCCGCUGUCACUUAGAAAGAUGAAUCAGAAUCUGUUUGGUAGCAGCCUGGUGGCUCUUAAAGAGGAAGAUACUGAUCUGAGUCAGGCUCUGUGUCUCCCCGUGUCUGUCCCAGAGAUCCUGCAGGCCAACCAGCUUCAACAGGACGGGGUGCGCUUCUUUGUGGUGGACUGUCGACCUGCAGAGCAGUACAACGCUGGACACCUGUCCACGGCCUUCCAUCUGGACUCUGACCUGGUGAGAGACGCCAACGGUGUUGAACUUUUGUUCUUUCUUCCUGAAACAUUUGAACUUUUCUCCCUGCAGAUGCUCCAGAACCCGUCCGAGUUCGCUCUGUCUGUGAAGUCCCUGUUGGAGGCUCAGAAGCAGUCUUUAGAGUCGGGCUCCAUCGCCAGCGGAGAGCACCUGUGCUUCAUGGGCAGCGGGAGAGAGGAGGAGGACAUGUACAUGAACAUGGUGCUGGCCCAUUUCCUACAGAAAAACAAAGAAUAUGUCAGCAUUGCUAAGGGAGGCUUUAUGGCCCUGCAGAAGCACCUGGUGGACAUGAACGUUGAAGGCCUCGACUCUUCAUACAUGAACUGGAUAGUCAGCACAUCUGGAUCUCACAGCAGCCUCAGCUCUGUGGAUGGAGAGUCUUUGAGCAGCCCUGGAGACGGCAAAGGCGUGAAGUCUCUGGUCAAUAAAAUGACUUUUGCUCUCAAGUCCAAGUCUGUUAACGUAAAGGAGAAGAUGAUCAGCUUCAUCGAGAACACGUCUACGCCUGUAGACAGAAUAUCUUUCAAUCUGCCUUGGCCAGAGAAGGUGAUUCCAGAUCGACACGUGAGCAGCAGCGACCGAGUUGGGAAACCGUACCGGGGCGUGAAGCCGGUCUUUAGCAUUGGCGACGAAGAGGAGUACGACACAGAUGAGAUCGACAGCUCCUCGAUGUCAGACGACGACCGAAAGGAGAUUGUGAACAUUCAGACUUGGAUCAACAAGCCCGACGUUAAACACCACAUUCCCUGUAAUGAAGUUAAAGAAACCGGUCACAUGUUUCCCAGUCACUUAUUGAUCACGGCGACCCACAUGUACUGCCUCAGGGAGAUUGCCUCCAGGAAAGGAUUUGCUUACAUCCAGUCCAGACAGGCGCUGAGCUCCGUGGUGAAGAUCACAUCCAAAAAGAAGCACCCAGAACUCAUCACCUUCAAAUUCGGGACCAACAAUUCAGCUGGAGUGGAAAUAUCUGCAGUUGAGAGAUAUUUGAUACCAAACGCAGGCGACGCCACAAAAGUCAUCAAGCAGCAGAUCAUGAAAGUAUUAGACGCUCUGGAGAGCUCGUAAGCGCAGGCUGCGGUCGCAGCAGGCGACACAAACUGUGAGAAGACUCGUCUCCUCCCCCGCUCCCCCGUUCCUGGGCGUCCUCCCUCCUGGACAGAUCCCAGUGCAGUGUUUGACUCUGACGCCCCCGCACCUCCUCCCGCUCCCCGUGUCUCCAGUUCCUGGGACGUUUUGGGACGCGCCGCCAACAGCAGGCCUGCGGGUCAGUGCUGCCCGUGUCCGAAUAACUUAGGUGCUCCGCAGUCAUCCAACCACUUUCCUGUGACUAAUUUAAGAAAAAUCGGUUAUGUCGUGUGUUCUUCCUUUUACAGUGCAGUUUGGCUUUGAUGUUGCUCUGGCCUUAACGUAGCAUACUGGCCACCCAGUGGCGAAUCUAUAAAACCCAUGCAUAACUGACCUUUUGAUUUGUCUUUUAGUUUUCUUGUGAUCUUUCUUUACAUACUCGGUAAAUUUAUUAUUCAUCAUUUUUAGUAUGUGUCAGCUAAGCUACAUAUUGGCAACACUGGCACAGAAUUCCUGCUUUUUUUUUUUUCUUUCUUUUUCUGAUAACGUUUCUCCCUUUCCAUCAGGUAGCCUUAAGCAGAAGUUAUUUGAAGGUGUUUAUAUAUAUAUAUAUAUAUCUAAUGUAUAUACUGUGUGAACUGCUCUGUCAAAACAGAAAUGUCAUUAUGAAAGCACAUCCUGAUGGAGAAAAUACAGGAAACUGUGGAGGUUUGAAACAUCCCUUGUUCCUACACUAAACGGUUUGCCUUUGAGUAUUUCUGUGGGCCAAUUUAUUCUCAUUUAUCCUCUUUAGCAUUCGUCUCUAAGCAGUUUGUAGUUCAAGAAGCCCCACCCAAGAGCUACGCUAGGAUCACUCCAGGAGGUUCAGUGAUUGCAGUCGACAAAAGCCGGAGGAACUCGUCCGCUCUUUCCUUCUCAUUCAGUUUAUUACGCAGGUCUCUUUGUUCGCCUCCUUGACGCGCAUAGAAAAUGUUUCGCUCCAAAUAGGAAUGAAAUAUUAGCUGACUGGUUAUGUUUCCAGACCAGUUUGGUGUUUUUGGUUGUAUUGAUCCAAACCGAGCCGCUUCGGUUGGCCUCAUGGCUGUGAUGUCAGUUUUGGGCACCAGCAGCGGCGGCUUCGCCCAUCAACAUGCAGUUUAUGUUCUCACAUUUGCUUUUGCUUACCGACGCAUUUUUGCUUUAAGGUUUCCUGUGCGGGCAGCAUGGGGAUCUAUUUAAGAGGAAAUUUCAGUUUCUACAGCACUCUGUAAAUUGUAUUUAUUUCUAAUCGCCCGUAUAAAAUCUAAAAAUCUUUUGAGAAAUGCCAUGGGGAAAAAAGAAAACCAAACUUGAAACAGAAGGUCUUAAUCGGGUUUGUCUUUUGGUCCAAUCCGUUCUUGUGUCGCCCUGUUUGUUGUGUUGUCGGUAUUCUCUCUGACUGGAACAUCCUCGACCGGGAGGGAGUUUUUACGUCACUCUGUAGCAUCAGACAGGACGCCGACCACUAUUUUGAAACGAAAGAAGUAUAAUUUACUUUGCGCCUUACUGUACUGCUAUUGUUUUCUAAACAUUUCUGGUUUUAAUAAAUGGAGAUUAUUGGACUGCA